UUCAUCUAAUUAAUGAAAUUUCAGCCUAUAAAGCACACAAAGAGAUUUUCAUUUCAAGUUGUGCCUAAACAUCUUAAUUUUAAAAAUGAAUACUGAUUGUAAAUCUAAAUGACAUGAAUUUUUCAUAUUUGAUAUAAUAGUACCAUAUGAUUAGGCAAUCCCUGAUUAUGUGACAUUCUGGCAUAAGAGAAAUGACUUAGACCAAGGCAGAUUUGGAGAAGCUCGCUUUAGCUUAAUACUUGGGCCAAAGUCUAAUUUGGAAUAUGGGAGUCUUUCAGUGUAGCUUCUGAACAGUGCAUAGCAUGAUAUGAUGUACUAGAAGUGCCUGGAGGAACAGACUAACUUUGCCUACCCUGCUUCCUUUCUGCUUUUACCUGUUCUAGAUAUUUUUUCACUGUUAUUUUCCAAAGGAAAAAAUGAGAAAUUACUCCAUAGAAUCCCUGCUGCUUGGAUUUAUAGCCUUUCCCAUUUCCAUUUUAUGAAAGUACCUGCAGUCUAGUAUACAUGUUCUAUUCAGACUUUUAGAUUUCUGAUAAAACGUAAGAGGAAAAGAAACUUCAGCUGAGGGUUGUCUCUAGGAACUAUGCUAGGGGAUUACCUAAAUUGAUUUUGCUUAAUCCUUCAAUCGCUUUACGAUGGUAAAGACAAUUGAUGAAUCUCAUUCUGUAGAGAAGACUGGAUAAGAGAGGAGUAGGAUAAUUUGUCAGGUUUUUAUAGAUAGUAUAUGAUUGGGAAGUAGAAUUUAAACACAAUGAUUUUAGAGUUUUUUAAUCAUCUAUCUCACUUUGAUUUUUUAAAAGUAAUCAGUUUGAACAUGCCACAAGUUGAAAGCAGUGUUUUGCUUAACACUUCUAUUUUAAUUUCCAGGUUCAGGUGACCUCAUUUUGCCAGAAUCCUGGGUGCUCCUUAGUUGAGAGAGUUUUUUGUUUUUUGUUUGGAUCUUCUUUAACUGUAGGUGGAAAUUGCUAUUCUGGCAACACUUAACCUCACUCUAUUCUAUUCUUUCUCAUGGAUGUUGGUGCUUAGCUUUUUUGUUUGUUUGUUUUAAUUGAAUUGCAAGUCCUAGAAUUAAUAACAUAACAGUUUUUAUUUCUUCCAGCAUUCUUCUUUUUUGGCUUCUUCUGACUUAUAUGGAGGCAGAUUUUACAUAGUGAGCUGUUACUUAAUCUGUAUCAACUUUUCAUCAACUUCUCUGGGACCCAGAAAUGAAAUAAGGAGACCCAUUUUCCACUUUUGUAUGAUUUGAUUUUUUAAAAAAUUUUGGUACUUGGGAUUAAACCCAAGGGCACUUUACAACUGAAUUACAUAUUCAAUCCUUUUUUAAUUUUUUUAUUUUGAGACAGGGUCUUGCUAAGUUGCUGAGGCUGGCCUUGAAUUUGUGACCCUCCUGCUUCAGCCUCCUGAGUUGCUGGGAUUACAGAGAAGAUGAUGAAUUAGAAGAUGGUGAAAUAGAUGAUGCAGGAUUUGAAGAAACACAAGAGCAUGAAGCAAAAGAGGAUGAAAAACAGAAAAAUGAGAAAUCCUACAGAAAAUCAAGAAAAAAACACAAGAAAGAAAGAGAGAAGAAGAAAUCCAAAAGGAGAAAACGUGAGAAACAUAAGGGUCUUGCUAAGUUAGUGAGGCUGGCCUCAAACUUACUGUCCUCCUGCCUCAGCUUCCUCAGUUCCUGGGAUUACAGCAUAAUUCCCCAUCUAGUGAUGAUAGUUCAGACUACAGUCUUGAUUCAGAUGUGGAACAUACAGAAAGUUCUCACAAAAAAAGAACUGGUUUCUACAGGGAUUAUGACAUUCCAUUUUCUCAGCAUGGACAUAUAUCAGGAAGCUACAUGACUUCAAAGAAGGAUCAACAUAACAAGAAGUUUAAAAGUAAAGAGUAUGACGAGUACAGUGCCUACAGUGAUGACAACUUUGGUAGCUACAGUGAUGACAACUUUGGUAGCUACAGUCAGGAAACAGAGGAAGAUUUUGCCAAUCAGCUGAAACAGUACAGACAAGCUAAAGAAACCUCAAGUACUUCUUUAGGGUCAUCAUUUUCUAAAGAACCAGGGAAAAAAACAAGACUGAAAGGAGCUCAGCAAGGUACUGAGCAGAGGAUUAAAAGUUUUAAUAUUAGUCGUGGACGUGGUUUGCCGAAGAAAAUCAAACGAAAAGACCGUGGGGGAAGAGUCAAUAAAGGGCCCAGUGUUUUUUCAGGAAUGGAUGACUUUCAAGAGUAUAGUAAACCAGGGAAAAAAUGGAAGGUGAUGACUCAGGAAUUUAUUAACCAGCACACCGUGGAACACAAAGGAAAGCAAAUCUGUAAAUACUUCUUGGAAGGAAGAUGUAUUAAGGGAGAUCAAUGUAAAUUUGAUCAUGAUGCUGAGUUGGAAAAGAGAAAAGAGAUCUGCAAGUUUUAUUUACAAGGAUACUGUACCAAAGGAGAGAACUGCAUUUAUAUGCAUAAUGAAUUCCCAUGCAAGUUUUAUCAUAGUGGAGCAAAAUGUUAUCAAGGAGACAACUGUAAAUUUUCCCAUGAUGAUUUGACAAAAGAAACAAAGAAACUUUUGGAUAAAGUGUUGAAUAUGGAUGAAGAACUUAUAAAUGAAGAUGAACGAGAAUUAGAAGAACUUAGAAAGCGUGGCAUAACUCCUCUUCCCAAACCACCUCCUGGAGUUGGGCUUUUGCCAACUCCACCAGAGCAUUUUCCUUUUUCUGAUCCUGAAGACGAUUUUCAGACAGAUCUCUCUGAUGAUUUCAAAAAAAUUCCAUCUCUUUUUGAAAUAGUUGUAAAACCAACUGUGGAUUUAGCACAUAAAAUUGGGAAGAAACCACCAGCAUAUUAUAAUAGUGCCUCACCACCAGGACCACAAUUUCAGGGAAGCAGCCCAUGUUCUCAGCAUAUCUAUAGUUCUGGGUCAAGUCCAGGUCCUGGACCUAACAUGUCUCAGGGUCGCAAUAGUCCUGUGAUGCUCCCAGGCUCACCUGGACAUCACCCAUGUGUUGGACCUUCAGGUCUACCAGUGCCGCAGAGCCCACCUGAAAUCAUAGGUCCUCAUAGUCAACCAGAUACACCCUUGACACCAUCGAGUGUGAGUGGUGCUUACCACUCGCCAGGCUUCCCGGGACAUGCUGUGAAAGUGCCCAGAGAGAACCACUGCUCUCCAAGCUCAUCAUACCAGCAAAUUCCUGGGGAAAUGCAGCUCAACACCAAUUAUGAGUCCCUGCAGAACCCAGCUGAGUUUUAUGACAAUUAUUAUUCACAGCAUGCUGCCCAUAAUUUUCAGCCUCCUGAUAACUCUGGUGAUGGGAUGUGGCAUGGAGAAUUUGCCCAGCAGCAACCCUCCAUUGCUGAGGAUUCACCUAACCUGGGAAGUGGGCAUGACACCAGCAGCAGCCUGACAGGCCAUGGCCAGCUGUCUACUCCAGGGCUCCUCCCUGCUGUGCAGAGAGCUCUUUUCCUCCGACUUACUCAGAGAUACCAAGAAGAUGAAGAGUUAGCUGGCAACCACCCUCACAGGACACCAAGCAAGGAAGAAGAUGAUACAGGUAACUGGUAUUCCAGCAGUGAAGAGGAAGAAGGAAGCAGUGUCAAGUCAAUACUGAGAACGUUACAGAAACAAACAGAAACAUUAAGGAGCCAGCAACAACCUUCCUCAGAACUCAGCCCUCCUACUGACCCGAGACUUGCUAAAGAGAAAAGUAAAGGAAGUCAAGUGGUUGAUCCUAGACUCAGGAACAUCCCAAGACAAGAUGCUAGAAAGUCUUCUGAGUCUGUCCCAGUGGAUCUUAGACUUGCAUGGGAUCCCAGGAAACUAAGAGGGAACGGAAGUGGUCACACAGGCUCUUCUGUUGGUGGAGCCAAGUUUGAUUUACAUCAUGCAAAUGCUGGUGCUAAUAUCAAACAAAAACGAGGAGAUGACGAUGAAGAAGAUACAGAAAGAGAAUUGAGAGAAAAAGCUUUCUUAAUACCUUUGGAUUCUUCACCUGGUGUAAUAUUGCAGGAUCCAAGGUCACAAUUGAGACAGUUCAGUCACAUCAAAAUGGACAUUAUCCUAACCAAACCCAACUUCGCAAAGCACAUCGUGUGGGCUCCAGAAGACUUGCUUCCAGUACCUUUACCUAAGCCUGAUCCAGUGUCUUCAAUCAACUUACCUCUUCCCCCUCUUAUAGCUGACCAGAGGCUCCAUAGGCUAUGGAACACAAAAGGUGAUCUUCAGCAAAACCCACUGUCCAUGGAUCCAAAAUUAGCAACCAAAGCCAAAAGUAAUCCAACAAAUAGAGAAGGCUACUUAGAACAAUUUGGAGACUUGCACAGUUCAGGAAGUAAAUUAGGAGAUCCUAGGCUGCAAAAAAAUUUCGAUCCCAGACUUCACAGACUGCCCAAUACAGAGUCUAAUCAAGUAGGUAUGAAGGCAUCACAUACAUCAAAGAAUGCCCCUCAGUUAGUUAGAUCAAGCCCUGGUUCAUCACAGCCCUCAGGGGCAGUCACUAGCAGCCCUAGUCCUGGGGCUCUGCAUCCAUAUGCCCCUAAGCUCUCCUCUUCAACAGGCCUUCCACUGGGAACUCCAAGUUCUGUCCUCAGUGGUAUUAGUUUAUACGACCCCAGGGAGCAGGGUUCAUCACCUACAUCAGAGCUAGCCACAGCUUCUUUAGGAGAAAAUGCAGAGAACCCAAAAAAAAGUGGUGGUUUAAAAAAUAAUGACAAAAUAGAGCCUCCUGGAGAAGCAAUCCUGGCACCGAAAACCACUCCAAAUGUGGAAGUCACUGUCACUGGGCCAGCUGACACACAAGCAGAUGUUCUCAGGAGCUCUGGGAAGGUUCAGGUCCCAGCAGUGCAUAGUCUUCCUAUUCAGGCCUUGGCGGGCUUGAUUAGACCCCCGUACAGCGAUCCAAGGCAGGUGAGGCAACCAGGCCAGGGCAGCCCGACUCCAGACAGUGAGCCCAGUAGGGAAACAGAUGACAGAUCUCUAAAGGAGGUUUUUAAAACUUUUGAUCCGACAGCCUCACCAUUUUGUUAGCUAUUGUGUAAUUCAGCAGCUCUUUCACUCUGUGACUGUCGCAAUCCUCUGCUGUUUUGUAACUGGUUUACCUCUAUAGUUUAUUUAUUUUUAAAUUAUAAACACUUUUCAGCUGCUAGUAUCAGAACCACAUGAAGUUAUAUCCUCUAAAGCCUGUGGUAUUUUAUAUGAUAUUUUUAUAACUUUAAGAGACCGUAGUAAUUGACAUAGAAACUUAUAUAUCAUGUUAGCGUCAAUAAAAGUACUUUUAUUGUAAAUAAACCAUCAUGAACUCAACACUCUGCCUGAAUAUAUGCCAGUUGUCUUUCGUAAUCAAUGUUUAGAUCGACGAUUACCACUUUUAUAUGGUUGUUUAGUUUUAAGCAAUAUGAUAUACAUUACUUUUGAGAAACAGUAUUUUGACUAGGACCUUCUCUAUUUGUCAGCACAGAAUUGAUUAGUAUGCUAAUUAAUAUGUAAAAUGAAGUAAAGAAAACGUAAAAAUCAUAAUUAGCAGAGCAGUUCAUGUUCAAGGGCAUCACUUUUGUUAGUAUUGGCAAUAUUAUUUGUGUAAAUGAAACAUUUAAAUGUCAUAUUUUAAAAGUCUUUUAUUGUAUACUGUAUAAUAGAAGUUGGAGGUACAUAAAUAGAAUGUUUUGGUGAAGUGGAAAAUUUCCAACUCUCCUACAUAACUUUUUAAAUUUAAUUUUUCAUAUUCAAUGAUCAUGAGUUACUUUUGUGUUACAUUGUGAUGAUGUAUUUCAAUGUUUUUGUCUUUAGUGGCAUAAUUUAUAUUAUUUUUUCAAAUGAAGUUGCUGCAAUAACUGGGUUCAUCAUGACUUUGAAGAUUUUUAACAAAACUUUAACAGAUCCAGUGAGUCUAUAGUGAUUAUUACAUUGACAAUAUUUUAAAUGUCUAGGUUCUAUAUUUUUUCCUGAGCAUGAGAACACAGAGAUUGCAGGAAUCGUCAACUGUGUAUGGCCACCAAUAAAGAAUCUCUUUCAGAUCUCACCUGACUGGUGUUAUGUAACAGAGGGAAUUACCUAGUGUUUUAGAAACCUCAUGGUUUUGAAAUCUAAAUUGAUCAGCAAUUGUAUUUCGUGAAAAAUAACUUGUAUUCAUUCCCAUGUAUUUAUUGCAGUAUGUAAAAUAAUGCAACUCUAUUUGUUUCAUUCAUUUAUAAUUUAUAACAUAAAGUAUCAUGCUGAUGUUCAUAUCUUGAACUGCAGGCAUAUGGCAAUGUUUGCUGGUAACAUCUCCAGUAAGCAACUUGAAAAUGAGUAUUUCAUUAUAAAGGAUAAUGGAAGUAGAUAAUAAAAUUGGUCCUUGGAUGAAAA